AUGGAAGGCACCAAGACGCCGAGAGACGGGGGACGAUUCGGUCUUGUCCAUCCUACUGUGAUGAGGCUGUCCGGCCAUGCUGGUGGGAACAUACACCCCAACGUUCAAGUGGUUCAGGGAAAGAACAGUAAGGAACCAAACGACAGUGAGCAUGUAUACUACGACAAAGCUGAGAGUGAAAUUCAACUGCCGUUUUCAAUAUCCGGACGUGUGACAGGAUACGACAAGCUUUCCAAAAGCCUACGUACACAAAGCGGUAUCCGUCGGAGAUGUCCACUCACUCCGCUCCUGUUCAACCUCGUGACCGAUGAAAUCAUGAGACGAACGCUGGUAGGUCUCCUAGACCCCGGAGUUCAAAUAACCUGUGACGAAAAGCUUGUCGAUGUGCACUAUGCAGACGCCUUCCUCCUCAGCUUCGAAGAUGAGAAGGCGUAG